UUUUUUUUUUUUUUUGGGCGCUUCCCUGGGUUUCAACUCGCGCCACUAAUUCAUACAAAGACGCAUAACCUCACGUCUACUCGCUAUUGAUCCUGCCUUCGGUGUUUCACCUACGCCCUUUACCCUUGUGUGAUACGCUCACACUGUAUACCUCAUGGGUCGGCGAAAGAUCGAGAUCAAGGCGAUCAAGGAUGAUCGCAACCGUUCAGUUACUUUUCUGAAACGGAAGGGUGGUCUUUUUAAGAAGGCACAUGAGCUUGCGGUGCUAUGUUCAGUAGAUGUUGCUGUCAUUAUAUUCGGUCACAACAAGAAGCUAUAUGAAUUCUCAUCAUGUGAUAUGCGCGAGACCUUGGGUCGUUAUCAAUAUUUCGGCCCGCCACACGAGCAUAAAGGCCCUGAGGACUUCAACGGCCGGCGCGAUGAUGACGACGAUGAAGACGAGACCACACCUGCCCCUGAAGAAAUGCAUCCAACACCACCGCAAAAUAACCCACCGAUGAUACCCACUCAUCUCCCCAGUCAUCCCGGCUUCCAACAUGUUAAUCAUGCGCCUUCCGCGUCCCCUCCCAUUGGCAAUGGAUUGCCGUUUGAUCCGCGUCACGGUACCCCUCAACCUCAAGGACUUUCAAGACCAUCCUCCAGGAAUCAUGUUCGCAGAGUCAGCUCCAAUAUCGGUACACAGCAACAUCAUGCCACACCACCGCCACCUCAGAAUGGAUUUGCCUAUAUGGCUAACCCUUCCGUGUAUAAUCCGAAUGCCCACCAUGCUUUAGGUCAACAACCCCGACCCGGUCAGUUUGCACACUUUGGCCCUCCGCACGGCGUACAUCAUGCAGCCCCGCAUCAUCAGCAUCAGCCUAUGCCGCCGCAAUCCAUACCGCCGCACACAAUGCCGCCCCAGGCCAUUCCACCGCAUAUUCAACAGCACCCCCAGCAUCCGCAUAUCCUUGCACAGCAAACACCUCCAAUGGGUUUAUCACAACCACCCCAUCCGCAAAUGUCCCAGGUCGCCCAGGCAUUUAUGCCGGAACAGGGAAGGAGUUCCAUGCCGCCCGCGUUCCCGUCGGAGCAACAGCAGCAGCAGCAGCAACAACAACCCACGCAACAACAACAACAGCGAACGGUAUCGCUUCCCGAGGCUCCUCCAGCGGACCAGAUGCCUGGAUCGAUGAAAGGCGAAGACAGUCAGUCGCCGCCGCAGCAAAGGUCGAUAUCAUCAAAAUCACGUAGUAUCUUUACGCCGAUUGAUGAUCGUGGUUCUGUCUUGGCUCGUCACUUUGGAGUCGGUCCACCUACGUCGCCGCGCAGUGAGAACUUACACGUGAAGCUUGAAUCUUCACAUAACGAAUCUAAGGACAAAAAGGGACUCAGCCAACCAGUGGCGCCUCCACCUCCACCACGAGCCGCGACUGAAGCGCCUCGUCCUCAGCCGGUGCCUGAGAUCAAGCCUCCUGUUCGGACGAACAGCGGUCAGUUAAAUACGAAACGUCCACAGCUAAAGGUGCAAAUACCCAGCGAGAAUUCGGAUCGGGGCAGCGCAACAGCAGAUUCAUCCUCCCGCGAUUCCGCAGGGAAUAAGACACUUACACCAGCGAAAGCUAAUCCUGACGGCAACCAUUCCGGUGUAGUGCUACCUCCGCCUUCGCCUUCUGCCGGUGCAAUUCUCAGUGCAGGCGCUCAGGGACCACCGAAUCCAUUUGCCCGGCCACCUCCCCCUAGCACCGCUGCUCCGAAUAACAAUGCAUAUAGUAGUAACAACAGCGGCGGCGGCAAUAACAACAAUAUAGACACUCCGAUAUCUGCACUUCCUAGCCGCUUCGUGUCAGAUGCGCUUCUUCCUUCUCCAUCUAGUUUCUUCCCUGAAUGGGGGUUUGGCCGGUCUGGUCCGGACAGUAAUAUGCUUCCUAGUCCUCUGACCUUUCCCACUCCCGCCGUUCAAACAGGCCCCAGCUUUGCGCGAGAAGACGAUCAAGAAAAGAAGCGCAAGAGCCCUGAUAGUGGACCAAACGCGGAAGGGGCAACGAAAAAGGCAAAGACAUAGCCUCCCUUGUUGUCUAUAUUGAUGAUUGCGGUCUUGUUCUUUCUUUCACUGUCUCAACUAUGGCAUCGUGUGGCGUUAAGGAAGGUAUUAAUACCUAAUCGGGUGAGCGAGUUGGAUAUGUCUCUUUUGUUUAUUGGAUAUCCUUUCCCCUUUCCAGUCCUCUCUACUUUCGCCGUGGCUUCCGCUUCCUUUCCACUGUUAUACCCCUUCCUUUUGCCGUUGGAUCUUAUUGGCAACCCUGCCUUAAGCGCUUGUUUUCGAAAAGCUCUUUCCGCAUGAGAUUCUCAGUCUCUCUCUUUCCCAUCUCUUGACCAGGACAGAACAACCUUUUGCUUUCUUUCAAUAAUCACUUGGGGAUGGCGUUUCAGUU